CAAAUAGUGGCCGGUGACGCGCGAGUAUUCGAGGCCAUCGAUGUACCCGAAUUGAGGCAUUUAGUUAAUGUGGUUGUUUUUCCACAGUAUGGACCAAGACCACAUCCUGACGAAAUGGCUGGUGGGUCGGACUCGUUUCAUUGA